CAGGGAGUUCCUUCCUGAUCAGCAUAGUUUCGUUCUACAUAUCUCUACCAGCCGAUCUAGCAGGAUCGGCUUGCCUGUAGGCGCGACUAACACUCCCUGUGAGCUCGUGCUGCUUGUGGGGAAUAAUUCGCUCCUAUGGCGGAUAAUAAGGAUGGAAUAUCCGUGGGAAAGGUUGCUGGAGUCGCAGCAUGGGCAGCCGUCACGGGGAAAUUAGGUCUGCCUUCGUUGCUUCGCGUGACGGAGCUCUUCGCUUUUAACGGCGAGGCUGUCGUUAAUUCCGACAUAAUCCUUUCGCUCCUCGCGCUCUCCACGUGUCCUCUCUCCAAGGUCCAGAGCGCGAUCCGCUUUAAGGAUCCCAAGGGAACGCUGAUCGGCGCCGUGACCGCGGCUGUGCUGGGUCUUCACAACGUCGUCGUGCGCCACGCCAGGCAGAAGCGACUCAAGGAGCAGUCGAUGCUCCUGCCAGGGGAAGAGGCUGUGUGGCGCAGGAAGAACCUUCCUGGAAAUGAGCUUAUGGUGGUGUCAUACGACGAGGCCACCACGUGCUACCACAACUUCUUCACCUUCGCUCGGAACAAGUUUGCUGAUAACCCCUGCCUGGGCACCCGAACCGCUGAUGGCUUCUCCUGGGAGAGCUACGAGCUCACGGCGCGCCGAGCCUCCGACUUUGGUGCGGGGCUGGUGUACCUGGGGCUGAAGGCCGGCGACAGGUUCGGCAUCUACAGCGUGAACAACGCGGAGUGGGUGCUGGCAGAGCUUGGAGGGUACUGCUACGGGCUCGUAAACGUGUCCCUGUACGCGACGCUGGGGCAGGAGGCGGUGAACCACGUGGUGCACCACUCCGAGAUGGUGGCUGUGGUGUGCAGCGUGGAGACCCUGUCGUCGCUCUUCAAGGCACUGCCCUCCAGCCCGGCAGUGAAGACCAUCAUCUACAUGCAGGGGGGCGGGCAGGCGCCUACAGAGGAAGACAGGAAGGCAGCGGAGGCAGCAGACGUGCAGCUGCUGCCGUUCUCCCAAGUGGAGGAGUGGGGCGCGCAGAACCCCCAGGAACACCUGCCGCCCAAGCCUGAGGACCUGGCUGUUCUCAUGUACACGUCGGGCACCACUGGCGACCCCAAGGGCGUGAUGCUCACACAUCGCAACAUCAUUGCCAACACCACCUCCUGCCCCAGUGUGCUUGGCCAGUCAGGAGUCACCCUCGGCCCCGGCGACCGCUACCUCUCCUACCUACCCCUCGCGCACAUCUUUGAGCGGGCGGCACUCGCCACCAUGUACAUGCAGGGCGUGGCAGUAGGCUUUUACAGCGGCAAGGUGGAGGCGCUGGUCGACGACAUGGCGGCCUUAAAGCCAACGGCACUGUUCGGAGUGCCACGUGUGUUCAACAAGGUCCAUGACAAGGUGCUGCAGCAGGUGGAGGCAGGAUCGCCACUCAAGCGCUUCCUCUUCAACACCGCCAUCAAAGAGAGUGCCAAAGUGCUCAAGGCGGGGGGUGGCCUCAAGGCGCUCCCAUUCUGGGACACCCUCAUCUUCAAAAAGGUGCAAAAGCGUGUGGGAGGGCGCUGCCAGGUCAUUCUCUCGGGAGGUGCUCCCAUCAGUGCGGCCACUCAGCAGUUCCUUGCCAUAGCUUUCGGCUGCCCCGCCCUUCAGGGCUACGGCUUGUCUGAGACGAGUGCAGCGGGAACCAUCACGGCCCUGGAGGACCCCAACACAGGCCACGUGGGUCCCCCCCAGCCGUCUGUGGACAUGAAGCUGGCACCAGUGCCUGAGAUGGAGUACCUGCCCACUGACAAGCCCCGGCCCAGGGGAGAGAUCUGUUUCAGGGGGGCGUCAGUUAUGGUGGGGUACUACAAGCAGGAGGAGAUGACAGCUGAGGUCAUCGACAGCGAUGGAUGGUUCCACACAGGAGACAUCGGGCAGGUGAACGAGGAUGGCACGUUGACCAUCAUCGACCGCAAGAAGAACAUCUUCAAGCUCGCACAGGGCGAGUACGUGGCAGCAGAGAAGCUCGAGGUGCUGUAUGGGGGCGCUGCUGUGGUGGGCCAGAUAUUCGUGUAUGGCGACAGCUUCAAGUCGUCACUCGUGGCGGUGGUGGUGCCAGAGAAGGACGUGCUCUCUGAUUGGGCCACGUCAUCAGGGGCCCUCUCUGCUGACGAGGCUGCGGCUGCCUCGCUCGCUGACCUCUGUGCCCUCCCCGGCGCAAGGGAGCACGUGCUGAUUGAGCUGGUGAAGCGAGCCAAGGCGACGAGCAUGAAGGGCUUUGAGGUGGUGCGGGGCGUGGCUCUGGAAGCCGAGGCCUUCUCCACCGACAACGACCUCAUGACGCCCUCCUUCAAGCUCAAGCGCCCCAAGCUCAAGGCCAAGUAUCAAGCAGUGAUUGAUGAGCUCUACACUACGCUCACAUGAGUGUGGGGGGUAGCAGUUAUACAUGCAUGAAUCGAUUAAAGCGUGCCUACAUAAUUGCAGGCAUCUAGGCAAAUGAACAGCUAGUCAUGAAGAUGCAAGCCCCAUACAAAGAUAGGCAUGGGAACUACUCGCUGAAAAACCCUGGCAGUACCGCAUGGCAUCCCCAUGUGCAGCCACGGUAGUCAUCAUCAUAUGAUGUGCAAAUAAAGAGUUGAAAGUUUUAUACCCCCAGCUUUAGGUUAGUCCAAGAUGAUGCUAACCCCCUUCCUCAUAGCUUUAGAUUAGUGGGUAUGUAUUGUAGUUGAAGGGUGGUUGUUGAGAGCCUCUUCACAGGCAGUAAGAAAACCAAGUUACACCU